AACAGAAAAUUCAAUUCCAUUUAUGUGGUUUUAGAGAAACCCUAACACCCAAUCUUUUGUUUCCUCACAGCAUUGCCUCCUCUUCCUCUCUCAGUGUUAACCUAAUCAUGUCACUCCCAAUAACAAAGUCCAGGUUCUGUAUUUCUUAUUCCAUUUCAAAGUUUUCUCGUUUUUUUCCAAACCCUUCUUCCCUCUCUUCCUUUUACUCUCAGUCUCCUUCAGUUGAUGUUCACGACUCUCAGCCUCCUUCAGAUGAUGUUCAGGACUUCGUCUCCCAAUUUCAUAGCAUGUUUCAUAUGCGCCCUGUUCCUCCUAUCAACCAGUUUCAGAAGAUCUUGGGAUCUCUUGCAAAGAUGAAACACUAUUCUACAACUAUUUCCCUUUUUAAGCAAAUGGAGCUCAAGGGAAUUCAGAGUAAUCUUGUCAUUCUCAGCAUCAUCAUCAAUUGUUUGUGCGAAUUAGGCCAAAUGCGCUGCUCUUUCUCUGUUCUUGCCAAGAUUCUCAGACUGGGUUAUCAUCCAGAUGUCAUAGCCUUAAAUACCCUCAUGAGAGGUCUCUGUCGUAAUAGUGAUGUCAAGAAAGCACUUACAUUUCAUGAUAAGGCAGUAGCCCAAGGAUUUAGAUUUAACGAAGUUACUUACGGGAUUUUGAUCAAUGGCUUGUGCAAGGGAGGAGAAACCGAAGCUGCCAUCAAGUUGCUCAGAAUAGUAGAAGGCGGAUUAUGUAAGUGUAAUGUGGUAAUGUACUCUCCUAUUAUUGAUUCUCUGUUCAAAGAUAAUCUUGCAAAAGAGGCUUAUGAUUUGGUUACUAAAAUGAUAUCAAAUAAGAUCAUGCCUGAUGCUUGUAUAUAUAAUAUAAUGAUUCAUGCUUUAUGUAAAGAAAGAAGGAUCAAAGAAGCUAAAAAUGUGUUAGCUGUGAUGGUAAAAACUUAUGUGAAACCUACUUGUGUUACACUUAACAUUUUAAUGGAUUGGUAUUCCUUGGUUAACGAGAUGAAAAGUGCUGAACACAUAUUUAAUACUAUGACCCAACUUAAAGUGACUCCUACCAUUAUCAGCUACAAUAUCAUGAUUAGUGGAUUAUUGAAGAAUAAAAGAGUAGAUGAAGCUAUGAAUAUCUUUCAGGAAAUGCCUAAGAGGAACAUGGUUCCUGAUAGAGUGACUUACAAUAUUCUUUUAGAUGGUUUAUGCAAAUCUGGGAGAAUAAGUAAUGUUUGGGAUCUUAUUGAUGAGAUGCAUUAUAGAAAUCAACAACCAAAUGUAAUCACUUACACUUGCGUGAUACAUGCUUUCUGCAAAAACUAUCAUUUAGACAAGGCAUUUGAAUUAUUCAAGAUAAUGAUGAAAAAGGGAAUUCAGCCGAGUAUGCACACCUGGAAUAUAUUUAUUGAUGGAAUGUGCAAAGGGGGAAGACUUCAGGAGGCACAAAAGAUCUUUCAAUAUCUUUUAAUUAAAGGGUACCCAUUAAAUGUAUUUUGUUAUAGCACUAUGAUCAAUGGUCUUUGUAAAGAGGGUUUGAUUGAUGAGGCAUUAACCUUAUGGUCCAAAAUGGAAGACAAUGGCUGCUUACCUGAUACAGUAACCUUCGAAAUAAUGAUUAGGGCUCUCUUUGAAAAGGAUGAGAUUGAUAAGGCAGAGACAUUUCUUCGUGAAAUGAUAUUGAGAGGCUUGAUGACAUGAUAAAAGUUUCCUUUGAGCAACUCACCAGUGAUCUUCCUCCGCAAAACAAAGUUCGGAAAAGGGCGUGAAGCUGUGGACAACACAUUUUGGAAGCAUCUGCGAGCUUGAGUUGGCCAAAACCAACACCGAUUACAAGAAGGAGCAAGAGUUAACCAUCUCAAUCCACGACCACGCAUCAGACCACACAAGUGACUACGUUAAUUACAAAAUGCUAAGAGCAAACGUGUCUUGUGGUCAUGCUAAGAUCAAGAACACACGAUAACGACAGAGAGCUUCCUUACAUGAUCACAGUGAAACACUACUUUUUCUCUGCGUAUUAUUCACAUGGUGUUUAUCUUGUGGCCAAGAUGUGCAGUAACGGCGAUGGUGAAAGCUUGAGCGUUGAGAUCGAGAAGCCUUCUAAGCAUUCCAAAGGUGAGUUG